AUCAUGCCAUCAACAAAGAAGAUCAAUCUCAAGAGUCUUGAUGGUGAUAUUUUUGAAGUCGACGAAGCAGUGGCGUUGGAAUCACAAAUGAUCAAGCAUAUGAUCGAGGAUGAUUGCGCUGAUGAAACUGGAAUCCCUCUCCCAAAUGUGACCAGCAAGAUUCUGGCAACGGUGAUUGAGUACUGCAAGAAGCAUGUUGAGGCUAAGAAUUCUGAAGAAAAUUCUGAAGAAAAACCUGCUAAUGAUAAUGGUCUCAAGGCUUGGGAUGCUGACUUCGUCAAGGUUGAUCAAGUCACACUGUUUGAACUCAUAUUGGCUGCAAACUAUUUGGACAUCAAGAGUCUGUUAGAUCUUACAUGCCAGGCUACUGCGGACAUGAUGGUGGGUAAGAGUAUUGAGGAGAUCCGCAAGAUGUUUAAUAUUGAGAAUGACUUUACGGAAGAGGAAGAGGAAGCAGUUCGCCGUGAAAAUCAGUGGGCUUUUGAUUGA